UCGGAAUCAAAGAAUCCCGAUUGCACGUUUUACAGAACAUUUCUUUCGCUUUCUCUCAUCACUUUCCCUGAGAAAGUAAGAAUCUCUCUUCACAAAGUCCUCUCCUUCUCACAAACAAUCGAGAAAGAGAGCAUCCACGACGGAACUAAUCUAAUCUAAUCCCAAACUUCGUCAUCUUCAGUUUUUUUUUUUCAACCCCAUUAAACGCGUUUGUGUUGACCUGUAGAAAAUGGCUAACCAAGACCGGUCAUCAAGACGAAGCUUAACCGUCACGACUUCUUCUUUGCACGGAAAGAAUAAAUCAAUGGAGAUCGGAGAACGAGGAGGCCUCGACACUGGUCGGAGAUCUCUAAACAUUUCACGUUCCACUUUGGGUUUAACGGGAGGGGAGAGGACUGUUAAACGUUUAAGACUAUCGAAAGCUCUUACUGUUCCCGCAACAACGACUAUAUAUGACGCUUGUAAAAGGAUGGCUUCUCGCAAAGUUGAUGCCUUGUUGUUGACUGACUCUAACGAAAUGCUUUGUGGCAUUCUUACUGACAAGGACAUAGCUACAAGAGUGAUCUCACAGGAGAUUAAUGUAGAGGAAACACCUGUUUCCAAGGUUAUGACUAGGAACCCAAUGUUUGUUCUUUCUGAAACACUUGCUGUUGAAGCUCUCCAAAAGAUGGUCCUAGGUAAAUUCAGACAUCUACCUGUUGUUGAAAAUGGUGAAGUGAUUGCUUUGUUAGAUAUAGCAAAGUGUCUGUACGAUGCAAUUGCUCGUAUGGAGAGAGCAGCUGAGAAAGGUAAGGCCAUUGCUGCUGCUGUUGAAGGUGUUGAAAGAAGUUGGGGAACAAACACUUCAGCUCCUAACAACUUCAUUGAAACGCUACGAGACCGGAUGUUUAGACCUUCUUUAUCAACACUUAUACCAGAUGAUUCAAAGGUUUUGAAAGUCUCACCAGAGGAUACAGUGUUGACUGUAGCAAAGAAAAUGGUUGAACUUCAACUAAGCUGUGCAGUUGUGAUGGUUGACGACAAGCUUCGAGGGAUCUUUACUUCUAAGGAUAUACUGAUGCGGGUUGUUGCUGAGAAUCUUCCUCCAUCUGAGACUACAGUGGAACAGGUUAUGACUGAGAAUCCAGAAUCUACGACAGUUGACACACCAAUAGUUGAAGCUCUGCACAUCAUGCACGAGGGGAAGUUUUUACACCUUCCUGUUACAGACAAAGAAGGAGAUGUAGUUGCAGUUGUUGAUGUAAUCCAUGUAACUCACGCUGCUGUCGCCACAGCUGGAAAUACUGCUGGAAUAGGUAAUGAGGAGACAAACACAAUGAUGCAAAAGUUUUGGGAUUCAGCAAUGGAGUUAUCUCCUAAUGAGGAAGAUGAGGACACGAGAAGUGAGAGCUCCUUGAAAGUUGCUUCUGAAGCUGAGACAGGGAAAUCAUUCCCUUUAGCAAAUACAUUUUCUUUCAAGAUUGAAGACAAAAACCACAGAAUGCACAGAUUCAUAAGCGACACUCGUAGUUUGACAGAAGUGGUAACAGCGAUUCUUCAGAGAGUAGGGAGUGAUAGUGAUCCAGACAACAUACCACAAAUUUUUUAUGAAGAUGAAGACCAUGAUAAAGUGUUGUUGGCUUCAGAUAGUGAUCUUCAAGCAGCUAUAGACCAUGCUAAAUCAAUUGGCUGGAAGAGUCUGAGAUUAUAUUUGGAUGAUUCAAAAGGAGGAAGAAGAAGAAGAGCAAUAGUAUCAGGAGAAGCAGUGGAGUAUGUACAGACAGACGCUUGGGCUGCUGCUUACAGUGGAGUUGCAGCUGGUGCAGCUUUAGUAGCUGGUCUUGGUUUUAUGGCUUAUCUCAAGAGAGCCGGACAGUGACGACACCUCAGAAAAACAAAGCAAAUUCUUUUUACAGAUUGAUGACACAAACAAAAAAGUGUGUGAUGCAAUUGAAAAGUUUGAAGAUUUUUUCUGAAGUAUUAAUAUACAAAGUCAUGUUUGAGAUUUUUCUUCUAGCUUUUCAUUUUUUUGGUAUAAAACUAACUCAUCAAAUGAGGAAUUCAAGAACAAAUGCUUAGAAUCUUCUAUAAACUGAUCACACCA